GAGGAUCGUGAUGCUUCCAUUGAAGCCUUUAACAAGCCAGGAUGUGAGAAAUUUGCAACCAUGGUGGUGGCUUCGUCUCUUCUCACUAUGGAUCUGGAACACAUAUGAAAAUUAUUACAUCUGAAACUCCAAAUUUUGCUCAAUAAAAUCAAGCUAUAAGGAGGCAAAAACUUGAAGGGAGGGGAAAGCUCGACAGUUUUGCUUAUAUCCUUAGCAUCAGACCCCAAUCUUUGCUUCAUAAAACAAGACCUAGGAAAUUUACCUGCAACUUGUUCACUUCAACUGCUGAAACACGUACAGAAGACAGAAAGAUUCAUGUUCGAGAACCAGCAGCCCCAUUUAUUUCAAUGGCAGAAAUGAUGAAGAAGUUCGAAUCUAGUACAAGGGAGAUGACAAGGCCCAAGGAACCUGAACUUGAAACAGCUCAACGUUACCGUCCAGUAAAACUUAAGAGCUCAGCUGAGUUGGAAGAAGAAAUGAUGGCAAAAUUCCCCAAGUUUAAGGUUCGCCCUCUAAAUAAGAAGAUUUAUGUUCGAGAACGAGCAGCCCCAUUUAUUUCAAUGGCAGAAAUGAUGAGGAAGUUUGAAUCUAGUACAAGUCAGAUGUCAAUGCCACACAUGAAUUGUUCCAUGUUACAUGAUGGUAUGGCUGGAUCAGUGCAGAGGAAGCCUAAGCUUACACUGACAAGGCCUAAGGAUCCUGAACUUGAAGCAGCUCAACGUUACUGUCCAGUAAAGCUUAUGAGCUCAGCUCAGCUCAUAAUCUACUACUCUUAACUCUAUUUU